AUGGCUUCGCAACAAAAUACUACCCAAACUUUAAUAAAUAGGAAGAUAAUAUUUCAGUAUCUAAUACACUGUUGUCAAAGUUUAAAUUUGGCAGAAUGGUGGCUCUGCAACACUACACAUGAACUUGAACCUGGUGCACUAUCAUUUUUUCCUAAGAUCCUACCAAUUGGUCCAUUAUUAAGAAGUUAUGACAGUAAAAUUGGUACCACAAAAGCAAUUGGACAAUAUUGGGAAGAAGAUCUCUCUUGCAUAAAUUGGCUUGAUGAACAACAUCAUGGUACUGUUUUGUAUGUUGCAUUUGGUAGUAUCACUCUUUUUGAUCAAAACCAAUUCAAUGAAUUUGCUCUUGGAUUAGUCCUCACCAAUAGACCUUUUCUUUGGGUUAUAAGAGAAGACAAUAAAAUGGAAUACCCUACAGAAUUCAAAGGGCACAAAGGUAAGAUAGUUAGUUGGGCUCCUCAACAAAAGGUUCUAAGCCACCCUGCCAUAGCCUGUUUUGUCAGUCACUGUUGUUGGAAUUCUACCAUGGAAGGUUUGUCCAAUGGGGUACCUUUCUUGUGUUGGCCAUAUUUUGCAGAGCAAAUUCAAAACGGAAGAUACAUUUGUGAUGAGUUGAAGGUUGGGUUAGGAUUUGACAAAGAUCAAAAUGGAGUUGUGUCAUGCAAGGAAUUAAAAUUGAAAGUGGAACAACUCCUCAGUAAUGAGAACGUGAAAUCAAGGUCUUUUGAGUUGAAGAAGAAACUUAUGAACAACAUAGUCAAAGGAGGUGAAUCAUGGGAGAACCUUAAUAGGUUUGUCAAGUGGCUUAAAGAGUAGGAAUUGACAUUUAAAUAUAAUUUUAUGCAUUUAUA